AUGGAGCGCCCGGCGCGGCGGACGGCCCUCUGCCUCUUGCGCAACGACCUGCGCUGCCACGACAACGAGGUGCUGCUUUGGGCAAACAGCAAUGCAGACCACGUCCUUCCACUGUAUUGCUUUGAUCCCCGGCACUAUGCAAGAACUCACCACUACAAUUUCCCAAAGACUGGGUCAUUUCGCCUCCAGUUUCUAGUGGAAAGUGUGAAAGAUCUCAGAGAGACGCUCAAAGAGAAGGGCAGCAAUUUAGUGAUACGAAAAGGGAAGCCAGAAGACGUGGUCCGUGAUCUCAUUGUCCAGGUUGGCUCCGUGGCUGCAGUGGCCUUUCACGAAGAGGUGACGAAGGAAGAGCUGGAUGUGGAACAGAUGUUGCUCCAGGUAUGCAGUGAGCUCGGAGUGGCCGUCCAGAAGUUCUGGGGAUCAACUCUUUAUCACCAGUUGGACCUGCCCUUCAAACACAUUUCCAGGCUGCCCGAUGUCUUUACUCAGUUCCGGCAAGCCGUGGAGUCGCAGGCCGCCGUCCGGCCCUGCCUAAAGAUGAGCCUGCAGCUGAAGUCAUUGCCUCCAGGAGUGGAAGAAGGGCCCGUCCCCAGCCUGGAAGAAUUUGGCAGGACAGCUCCGUCAAGUGAUCCUCGUUCCGCCUUCCCUUGCAGCGGAGGGGAGACUCAGGCUUUGAAGAGGCUGCAGCACUAUUUCUGGGAGACGAACCUAGUUGCUUCCUACAAGGAGACACGCAAUGGAUUGAUUGGACUGGAUUAUUCAACCAAGUUUGCACCAUGGCUGUCCCUGGGCUGCAUCUCCCCACGGUAUAUUUAUGAGCAGAUCCGGAAAUAUGAAAAAGAGAGAACAGCAAAUCAGAGCACCUAUUGGGUGCUGUUUGAACUGACUUGGAGGGACUACUUCCGCUUCGUGGCCCUGAAAUAUGGCAGAAAGAUUUUCCUUUUAGGAGGUCUUCAAGAUAAAGAGGUUGCCUGGAAAAAGGACCCCAAGCUGUUUGACUCUUGGAAAGAAGGACGGACCGGGGUCCCCUUUGUCGACGCCAACAUGCGGGAGUUGGCUGCAACAGGCUUCAUGUCCAACAGAGGGCGCCAGAACGUGGCCAGUUUCCUGACCAAAGAUUUGGGCUUGGACUGGCGCAUGGGAGCGGAAUGGUUUGAAUCGCUGCUGGUGGAUUAUGACGUCUGCAGCAACUACUGCAACUGGUUGUACAGUGCCGGCGUUGGCAACGACCCGAGAGAAGACCGGAGGUUUAACAUGGUUAAGCAAGCCUUGGAUUACGAUGGCAAGGGGGAUUAUGUGCGGCUCUGGGUUCCGGAACUGCAGUGCAUUCGAGGAGGCGAUAUACACACCCCGUGGGCACUGAGCAAUGCUGCCCUCGCUCAGGCGGGCGUGUGCCUGGGUGACACAUACCCUCUGCCAGUUGUCAUGGUCCCAGCAUGGAAACGGCACAUCAACCAGAAGCCGAAUGCCGAGGGUCCUGCUGCAAGGGGGAGAAAAGGUCCUUCAUACACACCAAAGCAACACAAAGAGCGAGGAGUGGAUUUUUAUUUUUCUCGCAAGAAAGGGCUGCCGUGAAGCCAGUAGCCGCAAUCGAGACUAGUGUGAGCCUCUUUGCUCAGAUCUGUUGGGUGAUGGCCAUAUAGCUAGGGGGCAGGCUGGUUUGAGGGCUGGGCUUGGGCUCCGAAGUUCUUGGUUCUAAUCUGCACUCAGCCAUGAAGUUCACUGGGUAGCUUCGCAUUGUCCUUCACUCUCAGGCUGACCUACCUCACAGGGUUGUUGUGAGGAUGAAAUGGAGAGGAAGAGAACCUAGUAAGCUGCUUUGCGUACCUUGCAAGAGGAAGAAAGGUGGGAUAGAAAUGAGAUGGUAAUAAUACCACCAGCAGCUAGAGUACCUUUCCUAAGUGCCUAGCAGUUAUGUGGAACUGUAAUACCCAUCAUUCCCAGCCUUCGGCACUUGUGGAAAAUUCAGCCAGAUGAACUAAAUUGUUCUGUCCAGGCUUGAGGAGGCUGGGAUCCAGUUCAUUAGGCAGCGGUGUUUCCAAGGCAUGUUUAUUUUGUCAAUUUACUUUCCAGAGGAGCAUUAAAUCCACACAAGGCAAAAUUCAGUAAGUUUUGUUCUCCACCUUUAAUCAGGGUUCAGGGCCAGCUAACGAAGCGUUGUGCCUGUGGAGAAUUAACGCUUGCUCACGGUCUGGUGGGCCAAGCUGCAUGACACAGAUUCUGCGUGCAACUUAGAACAUUUGCCAAGGCAAAAGUGAAUCCAGGUGAAAAUACUGCUGCCAUAUUCAGCUCACAGGUGGCAGCAGACCAACUUCAGCUGCAAUUCCAUGCUGAUUUACCUGAGUGUAAGCAAUCUUGCCCACAGUAGGAAUUGGUUCUGAGUAGAUGAGUUCCGGAUUAGUUAGGGUUUAGGCAGAAAAGGUCCCAUGUCUUGCAGCCUGCUUCUGCUGUUCCCGGGGGAUUUGCAGAAUAUCUUUCUCUCUAAACAUGCAUAGGAUUGCAGUCCUGAUUGCCCAGAAGUGAUAUAUAUAUAUAUUUGUGCGGGAGAAUCUGUUAUGGAAAACCUCAUUUUUAGCUGUAUUUGGAUGUUUUCUUUUUUUAGUUAGCUCUUCUGCUUUGGAAAAGGCUUAGAGUUCAGAAAAAUAUUUGAAAUACUCAGUGCAAUCUUUACUUUCUUAUGCUCAGUGAAUUAUCUGAGGUAUAAAACUUAUCUAGAAAAUGUUAAGACAAAUAAAGUAUUCUUUGAGCAUCA